UAUAAGCACGGUGUCGGUCGAGUGACGAAAAGUGCUACAAGAGUACUGGAAUUUUACCCCGCCUUGCCUCCCGCAGGCAGCACUGCCCUAAGUUUCAGCUAUAAUCACAAUAAAACUACACGAAAUGAGCGAAUCGCCAUCACUGCAGUCUAUUUUCUCCUCAUUGAACUGUCAAUACUCAAAACAACAGUUGGUGUACAAAGAAACGAAUUUCAUUUGCUUGAUCAAAGUACUGACUGGCACAGUUUGCGAACAGGACAGGUUAUUUUCGUAUUGGUUCCAUCUCCCCCGGAUCAGCAGACAUCAUAGUAAAUACGUAAAUACAGCAUCAGCAGGCAAUCAUCCAGAGUGCAGUCGGUUGCCGGAUAAUCUAUUAAUACAGGUUAUUUUCACGAAUCGCCCUCAGUCGGCCCGCAUCAGCGAUAGUUGAUACAGGUUGUUUUUUAAAUUUCCAUCAAUGGCCCGAGUAUUGGCGGAUGUUAUAGAUAAUACAGGUGAGUACAUCCCAUACAUAAUUAUUAUGUAUAAGUAGAUUUAAAACCGUAUAUACACAAUGUAUACAAAAAAGUCCAUGUAUUCACUUAUUUGCUUUAUCGUAUUGUAUUGCAUGUCGUUAUCCGGCGUAGGUACUCAAGAUUGUGUGUUAUAAAUAGUUUUAAGUUUUUAUUGCUUUUGAAUCGUACUUCCAGCUCACGCAGCCGCUUAGUGUUGCUUACUUAUACACAAAUAUUGUUAUCGACGGAGCAAUAAGAAUUGCGCUGUCUAUGGCGUUACAAAAACUCCAUUCUUCAAGAAGUUUUUUUUCGUUCUCCCGUUUUCCGGAAAAUGACAAAAAAUCGAAAAAUCACCAAAAAAGACAUUGGUUAAACCUACGUUUUGGUUCCUGUAGGAGGUUCAAUCCAAUGUUGUUUUUCCUACAUAACAAUAUGUGAUCUUGUACCUAUGUACCUUCCGCACAUAGUGGAUUUAAACCGAAUUCAUUCCCCAAUAAAGUUCUACAAAAUUGAAUGAAAUUGAUAGUUAGUGGUAGCUAAUACACUAAGUUAUUAUUUGAUGCCAAAACCUUAUUGUAUGAUUGGUUUCCAAAGUCAUGCAAAAUUAUGAAAUUUGCUGUUAGAUUUUUCGAACACUUGGCAUAAAAUGGGUUAAAACUCACAUCUUAUCGUUUUGCUUAUGCGGGUUUGUUAAAUAUUGACGGUGAAAAUAUGAUAUCCUGCUGUAUCAUCAGCUCGUUGUCAGUGACAUAUUUUUCGAUGAUAACGCAUUUCAGCAGUGUUGAUCCUCGAUUGUUAAUUAAUGCUGAUGCGAUCACCUGUGGGUGAAGUUGCUUCUUCAGAAGGGUAAAAGUAGAAGCUUCGUUUUUGCUGUUAAUUGGUAGAUGUGCAUGGGUAAGAAGAAACAGUAGUUUGAUAACAUCAUAAAGUUGUCUGGUAUUCUUCCACGAGUGUCAACUGAAGCGGAAGUAUGAAGUUCUGGCAAAUUAUAGUCACCGUUUUAAUAAACUAUUCUUAUAAUAGUUACUUUUGUUUGUGGCAUAGGAAGGAUAACAUUUUUUUAUUUAUUUAUUCACAAAGAUUGAUUCACAAUUCUUAUGAAGAGAUUUGAUCUUCUUCACAACAUUGUUCCACCAAUGAACUCGGUUUACAGCUGCAGUUCUCCAACUCCUGCCCGCACCGAUUCUUGCCAAGUCUUGCUUUACCUGGUCCAACCACCUCGCUCACUGGGCUCCUCUUCUUCUUGUUCCUACCGGAUUCGAUGCGAACAUCAUCUUUGCAGGGCUGCUGUCAGGCAAUCUUGCAACAUGAUCUGUCCAUCGCGCUCGUCCAUCCUUGGCGACUUUCUGGAUGCUGGGUUCUCCAUAGAGUUGUAUCAGUUUGUGGUUCAUCCUACUUAUCCGUACUCUGUUUUCCUUUACACUACCUUAUAUUGUUCUUAGCACUCGGCAUUCGAAAACACCAAGUGCUUGGGAGUUCUCUUCGAUCUCGUCCAUGCUUCAUGUCCAUAGCGAACAACCGAUCGAAUCAGGGAUUUGUACAUGGUGCACUUCCUACGGGGUCGGAGUUUGUUGGACCUUAAGAAUUUGCGGAGUGAGCGCGACAUCUGUUGACGCAUGUCUUCAAAUUUCGAGGCUGUUUUUGUCGAAAGUUGUUAUCAACAACUCACGGUAGACAAAUUCCUAUACUCUCGUCACCGGAACAGGAAGAAUUAUGUUACGAUCAGUUCCUUCUUCUAGCAUGUAUUUAGUCUUAGACGCAUUGAUUGUAAGCCUAAUCAGCCCUGAUUCGUGUGAGUGUGUGUUCAUGUGUUCUUCCGAUGUCCACGUAUGUCCAUGUGGCAGACGAAGCGGAUAAACUGACUAGACUUGUUGGAAAUCGUGCCCCUCCUGUUGAAGCUCGCUCUCCGCAUAACACCUUCCGGCACCACAUUGAAGAGCAGACAGGAAAGUCCAUCGUCUUGUCGAAGUCCCCUGUGAGUCUCAAACGAAUGUACAGGUCGGACUAGGUUAUCCGGGAUUCGAUUAUCCGGAAUUUUAGACUCGAUUAUCCGGAGUAUUUUAUUUUUGAUUUUCGGAAAUUUUGAAUAAUUUGUAUAAUUAUUUUUAAUAAAGAACUGUAUUCUACUAGUCAAGCCCUUUCAUUUGAUACCCAUAUUGAUGGGAUUGUGGAAAAAAUAUAUAUGGCGCUAUCUUGUGGUGGCGGCCAUUUUGGAUUUGCAAUUUUCAUAAAUAACUGUGUUCUACUAGUCAAUCCCUUUCAUUUGAUGUCCAUAUUGAUGGUGUUCUGAGAAAAUAGGUAAUCCACCAUUUUGUACCGGCCGCCAUCUUAGAUUUCCAAGAUCAUGGAAUACACAAAUUUAUAAUGAAACCAGAGAAAGAUGUGUUCCAAAUUUCAGAUCAAACGCUCAACAGGAAGGAAGUUAAAUUUCUAGUAAUGUGAUACAGCGCUACAGACAAAGUUACAAAGUCACCAAUAUACAAACGAGUCCAAGCUAGAUAAAACCGUUGAAUAAUAAGUGCAAGCCAUAAUUAUAUUACGUUUAUCGAGAGAAAAUUCGUUUUUUAUGAUUCGAUUAUCCGGAAAAUAUAAUCAAUACUCCGGAUAAUC